AUGGGAGGAAUUGGUAAGACCACCCUUGCUCAACUUGUAUACAAGGACAAGAGGGUGAAGGAGCAUUUUGACCUUAACGCAUGGGUAUGUGUUUCAGAUGAAUUUGACCUGUUCAAGGUAACUAAAACAAUUCUAGAGGCAAUGACUUCGUCAACUUGUGAUAUAACGGAUCUAAAUUUGCUUCAAGUUACACUACAAGAGAAAUUGAUAGGGAAGAAAUUCCUACUUGUUUUAGAUGAUGUAUGGAAUGAGAAUUAUAUUGAUUGGCAUGUCUUAAGUAGUCCAUUUAAAUCCGGGGCACAAGGAAGUGUGGUCAUUGUAACAAUACGCAAUGAAGGUGUUGCAUCAAUCAUGUGCACUGUUCCAUCUCAUCAUCUAAAGAAGUUAGAAGAAGAAAAUUGUUGGUCACUUUUGGCAAAACAUGCAUUCCAUGAUUAUAACUCUAAUGCACGUUCAGAGCUAGAAGUAAUAGGUAGACAAAUUGUGAAAAAGUGUGACGGUCUACCGUUAGCGGCCAAGACAAUAGGAGGUCUCUUGCGAUCUAAACUAGAUGUUGAUGAGUGGGAAAAGAUAUUGAAAAGCGAAUUAUGGGAUUCACCAAUAAACAAAGCAAGCAUUAUUCCAGCUCUAAUAUUAAGUUACAAAUAUCUUCCCUCACAUUUAAAGCAAUGUUUUGCUUAUUGUUCAAUAUUUGCAAAAGAUGAUAUUUUAAAAAAAGAUGAAGUAGUCUUAUUAUGGAUGGCUGAAGGUUUCUUAGAAGAAACUAGACACAAAAGAAUGGAAGAGGUCGGUGAAGAUUACUUCCUUGCUUUGGCAUCAAGAUCAUUGUUAGAACAAUCAACUGGCAAUAAAUCAGGUUUUGUAAUGCAUGAUCUUGUCAACGACUUGGCAAAAUUUGUAUCUGGGCAAUUGACCUUUAGAUUGGAGGUUGAUCAUUCUGACGAAAUUGUGAGCAAGACUCGUCAUUUUUCGUAUUUUAGAAACAAAUUCGAUAAUUUUAAAAAGUUUGAUGCUCUUUAUAUGACUAGGCGAUUGCACACAUUCUUGCCAUUAAAAUUGCCACCAUCCCAUGCUGGCUUGUACUUAACCAAAAGAGUGUCAUUUGAUUUAUUGCCAAAUUUAAGGUACUUACGGGUGCUUUCUCUAUCUCACUAUAGAAAUAUGACUAUGCUGCCUAAAUCAAUUGGCAAAAUUAAGCAUCUACGUUAUUUGAACCUUUCUUCCACUGCAAUUAAAAGGUUGCCUGAUUCCAUAUGUAAAUUAUGUAAUUUGCAAACAUUGAAUUUAUCAGGUUGUAAAGAUCUUGUUGUGUUGCCAAGAGAUAUGAGAAAACUCAUUAACUUACGUCAUCUUCAUAUUAGCGGAACUGCCAUAAAGGAGAUGCCAAUGCAACUGGGCAGACUAAAAUGUCUACAAACACUAACUAAAUUUAUUAUCAGCAAACAUACUGGGGCUUGCAUUGAAGAGUUAGGGAAACUUGCAAAUCUCCGAGGAACGCUUUCUAUUUUAGAGCUCCAAAAUGUUGUAUCUCCUACGGAUGCUCUAAAAGCAUGUUUGAAAGAUAGGAAGUACCUUGAGGAGUUGGUAUUGGAAUGGAAUGCUUUGGAUACUAAUAUUUCAGAAUGUCAGAGAUCUGUACUUGAGAAUCUUCGGCCCCAUAGUAACUUGAAAAGUCUCACUAUCAACAACUAUAGCGUUAAAAGUCUUCCAGAUUGGGUUGGGCAUCAUUCAUUCUCUAAUAUAGCAUUCCUUCGCCUAGAAAACUGUAAACAUUGUUCCAACUUGCCACCACUUGGGAACCUACCCUAUUUACUAGACCUCUCUGUUGUUGGGUUUGAUGAUGUUGUUAAAGUAGAUCGUGAGUUUUAUGGCAGCGAUUCUUUAUCAAUUAAGUCAUUUGGAGCCUUGAAAGUUCUAAGGUUCGAGCAAAUGUUGAAGUGGGAGGAAUGGUCUUCUUUUGGCCCCGAAAACGAAGGUGGAGCUUUUCCUCAACUUAAGGAGCUUUAUAUUGAUGAUUGUCCUAAGUUAAUAGGAGGAUUGCCCGCCAAUCUUCCUUCUUUAACCAAACUCGAGAUUGGUAAAUGUCCACAGUUGGUGGCUUCUGCGCCGAAGGCUCCUACUGUCCACGAAUUGGUGCUAAGACAUUGUAAUGAGGUUUUGUUGAAGGAAUUGCCAACUAGAUUGCGGAAGCUCAAUAUUGAAGGAUUUGGUGCACUAGAGUCCCUUCCCCAGGGAUUGGUGGACUCCAACGGAACUCUUCAAGAGUUAAAAGUCUCAAACUGUAUGAAGUUAGGGCUCCCAUCACACCCAAACUUUUCAUCCCUUGAACAAUUGUGGUUGGUAGAUUGUGAUUCUCUCAAGUCAUUUCCAUUAGAUUUAUUGCCAAAGCUUUAUGAGAUACGCAUCUAUGAGUGUAAGAAUCUGGAAUCAUUUACUGUGUUAGAACAACAUGGACGUGAUUUAGUGACCUUGCGUAUUAAUAUCGUAGGUUGCCCUAAUUUUGUAUCUUUUCCAAAAGGAGGAAUUCGUGCUCCCGACCUUACAUCCUUUUGGGUCUACGAUUGUGGAAGUCUGAGGUCAUUGCCAGAGAAGAUGCAUAUACUCAUGCCUUCUCUUAAGUAUUUUCGACUUUUUGACUGUCCAGAAGUUGAACUGUUGCCUGAAGGUGGCUUUCCUUCCAAUUUGGAAGUUAUUUCCAUCGUGAAUUGUGAAAAACUCUUUGCCAGUCGGAUGGAAUGGAGUUUGCAAAAUCUCCCAUCUGUUAGACAUUUGUAUGUUGGUGACAAAUCUGAAGAUGUGGUGUCUUUUCCGGAGUCAGGGUUGCUGCCUUGCGGUUUGACUUAUCUUCGUAUACUUGGAUUUCCAAAUAUGAAAUCUUUGGACAAGAAAGGGCUUCAAAACCUCACCUCUCUUCAAGAAUUGGUGGUCAGGCACUGCCCUAAGCUCGAGCACAUGCCAGAAGAGGGGUUGCCUACGUCCCUUUCUUCUAUACGGAUCUAUAAAUGCCCUUUGUUGAAGAAGCAAUGGCAAAGCAAUAAAGGAAAAGAAAGGCGAAAGAUUCCUAACGUCGAUCACAUAUUGAUUGAUAGGGAAGAGUAUAUUGAUGACCCAAAAGCCUCGCAAGAGUCCCAUUUUCUGUUAUAA